AUGGAGUCAAGGAAUGCAGAUGACCCAUUCGCUGGAUACCAUCCUGCGUAUCCAUUUACUCCUCCACCUCUUCAAGACUUCAAUAUGAUCCCCUUUGGCGCGCCAGCCAUACCGGGCCAGUAUCUGACGCCCCCUGACGCCCGUUCGUCUCAUCAUUUGGCCCAGCAGGGUCCCUUCCUAUACCCUUCUGUCUAUUCUAUGCAAGACAUGUCUUCUGCACUGAUUGAACCCAAUUCACAGAGUCAGCUGGGCCACAGUGCUCUUUCUACCGGAGCAGCUCGUUUCAGUGGUCUGCCCAGACACAACGAUAGCUUCUCAUCUGGUUCUCGUUGGCCUCCACGCUCGUCUUUGCAGCAACUGUACAGGAUUAAUGCCCAGGAUCAUCCAGAGACCCGCCCGCAGACUACUGAUUUUGCCAUGUCCUUCGACACUGUCGCUCUAGCCAGUGAAAUACCAAUCGGAAGCCAGGUGCACCAGAUGGUCCCACCUAACUGGGGCGUUGUCAAAAUCGCGAAUAUCCCAUAUUCAGUUACCAGAAAGGAGAUCAUCCAGUUCCUUGGCCGCCACGCCCGCCUCAUUACUCCCCAGCAGGGUUGUGCUAUUCACAUAAUCAUGGAGCGCUCGACCGCGAAGACAAUGGACUGCUAUGCUGAGUUCCAGAGUGCCGAAGAUGCAGAGGAUACAGCCACUCGAAUCAAUAGGAUCUAUGAAACCGGUCGUGCCCCUCGUCUCGGUAACCGUUCUGUAGACGUUGAAACCAGCUGCCAGGAGGCUCUCUUGAAGGACUUGUUUCCUCGUGCUAAGUGUAUUCUCUGGAAGGAUGGCAUGCCCUUUGCUACCCCCAACACAGAUCCCUAUUCCACUGGUUUCACGGGAUUCUUCACAAGUGAAGAGAUCGUUGGUGCUAUUCGCCAUGCAGAGAUACCACAUCGGUCUCCUUUUUGUGCCAAGUGCCCUCAGCGUACUUACGAGUCAACAAUCAGCACACUUUACAAGUUCCCAUGGUAUGCAACCGAGCUGUACACAGUUCAUAAUCGCAACCAGUUAUUCGAGCUCGUCAAUCGCCACAUUCUCUCUCUUGUGGCCCGGGUCAAACGAUCUAACACUGUUGGUCUGGAUCAGAGACUGCUGCGCGAGCUUCUCUAUGCUGGAUUAAAUUGUCCCGCGUUCAACGAACGUCAAAAGUACACACUCUGUACCAACUCGGAAGAUACUGCGGAGAUCAUGAAAUUUCCAGAUAUGGGCAAAUGGUUCCCAUUUGACACGCUUGUCAAGUUGCCCAAGACCGAAGAGAACAGGCUUCUGUACUACGUGAAAUUGAUUUCAAAGGGCAUGCACGAGGACCACGCAGAAGCCAUGUUGCCCAACAACUUUCCCGUGUCCAACGUCCAUCUUGAGUCUCCUUAUGGACGUAUCUGGUUUGAAUGGCCUUUGAACGCAGCCAAGAGUCUAACUUGGAAAGAUGCUGUCGAACAUGAGACGAAGAUUCUCAACAACCUAGUGUUGACCGGUUGGAUAGAAAACUACAAGGAGAAUAAUUUGAAGUCCGGUCUCAUCCCUGAAUCUUCUGCCGCUAGCAGCCGCGAAUCUCAAAACAAUACUAUCGUGUCUUCUGGAAGCGACGUCAGCCCGAGCCACAUGAGAACAUCUACUAGGACCGAUAUAUUCGCGACACCUUCGCGCCGUGCGAGGGACCAAACUGCCAACAGCCCCUUUGCUGGCAAUAGUGACGAUGGUUGGCGGCGUGCGUUGUUCAUGCACUCUUCCAAUGGAAUACGGGGUAGAUUCCCUGGACACCGCAACACUUUGUCCUCUCCUACCUGCCUUCCGUCUACCAGGGACACUUAA